CGGAAAGGCUGAUGAUGCAAGAAGACGAAGAUGAGGACUUUGUGCCGGUUGAGCGGAUUACCGCGGCAUAACACCUAUCACUGUACUUUUAUCUUUUUUACUAUUUCUGGAAUUGGAAAUCUGCGAUUUGAACUAGAAGUGCUUUAAGGCGGAUUUCUGCACUUUCUGGAUCUUUCACCUACCUUCAUCGAAUCCGCAUCUUGAAAGAAUACCUACCCGCAACCAACCAACCACCAACAACAUAAUGUCCACGGCUACUACUACAACUCCUCCUCCAUCGGGGGAUAAUCCACCGAGUCAAAAUGCCAUUCGCGAAGCAGAUUAUAUCCGCUUCAAGAACUACGCAGCCAUGACCUUCCUAGUCGCUUCACCCGUCCUCAUCGCCAUCCCGCCUCGCAAACUCGACCACCUCACCGUCCUACUAACAGGCGCCUUCCUCGUCUCCGCAAACCAUCUGACUCGCGAACGUACCGGAAGAAGCAUCACAGAGCGUCUCGAAGAGCGUCUCUCCCGCGUCAAGCCUCCCACCACAGCGAUCACGGACCCGCUGCCUUCGGAGCGCGCGCAUGAGAUCCAAGCGAAACUGCGCGCUGCGCGAGAGGCGCAGCUACGAUCAGGCGGAUUGGUUGGUGAAGAGCUCGAACGGUUGAAGCGCCAACAGCAGCAGGAGAAGAGUGCCGCGGAGCGCAUCUGGAUGGGAGACGAGUCGCCUGGUUGGAAGGAGAGACGGCUGGAGGAGGAGCGGAAAGCGUUGGAGGAAGGGAAGGGUUAUGGAGAUUUGAUCAUGGAGCAUAUUUGGGAUGUGUGGAAUUGGGGAAAGAAAUCAUCGGAUCAGGACGCUUCUGGCUCGACGGGUGAGAAGAAAUGAGCUGGCUGUGUUGGCUGGGAGGAAGAAAUUAAUGGAUCGAUUGGGGGCACGAUGACUAUAGCUAUUUCCAUCAGAGGUAAUGCCGAUCGGGUCGUUUCUGCUAGGACUCGUCACUCACGGCAUGGGAUAUAGUCCCAUGCUGAAUGGCAGGGUCUUUCGCUCGCAGCGCACCCGGAACCGAUCUCCACCAUCAGUUGGUUAUAAAAACACCGGUGAAAGGUAGCUUGGCAGAUGAAUCGGGCAUGAUGACAUGUUUCUCUGUACUACAUGUAUAAUAUUAUUAUCAAACAAAAGAAUGACAGGUCGGAUAUUUUUGCAGCUCGCCCUAUAUAACCAGGCAGCUAGCAAUUUAUCAAAAAUCAGCUUAUGUAUUCUAGGCGGCAUUGUAUGUACGAUAGUUAUGAAAUUCUCUACUUAAUCAGAACAUUAAUGGAUCA